AUGUCACUCUUCAGAAUUGGAGGUGCUGCCGGUCUUCGGGCCAGCAGAUUUGCUGUGCCCGUCAAUGCCCGCUUCGUCUCCAGCUCUCCCAAUGGAAUCAAGACCAGCACCUCGGACGCUCCCACCACUCCUAACAAGGAGAGCACCUUGAUUAACCAGGAGUCCCCAUCUGAGGCUAUGACUCGUCACCAGCCGGACUAUGAGGCGACCAUUGACCAUGGCACUUCGCAAUUCUCCCCAGUGCCCAAGCGCGUCAUGGAUGGCAGUGAGCCCGGUGAAUCCCUUCCCGGCGCUGUUCUCUCCGGCGCUCCCACCGACCUCCAGGCCCGCACUGUCCGUAUCUACCGCCCCACUAAGCCCGCGACACAGUCUGGUACCUGGCACCAGCACCACUGGCGCAUGGAUUGGGAUAUCCUCCAGCGUGGUCACCGCUGGGAGAACCCUCUCAUGGGCUGGCAAUCAUCCGCCGAUUGCAUGCAGGGCACCAACAUGAAGUUCAAGUCCAAGGAGGACGCCAUUGCUUUCGCCCAGAAGCAGGGCUACGAAUAUUUUGUCCAGGAGCCUAAUGUGCGCCGUUUCGUUCCCAAGUCCUACGCGAACAACUUCCUUCACGAGCCCAAGAAGAUCAAGAACAUCAAGACCAAAUGA